CGCCCAUUUUGGUCUUGUAAUUACUUCUGCAGGCCAGUACAAAUAAAAAUAUCGAAAAAUGAUCCCCUUCACGACUAUCGAGAAAUUCCUUCGCCAGGAGGGUUAUGAGCACACGCGGACUCGUGGAUCUCACCACCAGUUCACACACCCGAAACGAGCGACGCAGCCAGUCCCGGUCCACAAUCACAAAGUUCGAGUAAACGUGUGGCUCCUGAUUUCGCGCAACAUCAAUCGAGAGCACGAGAAGCUCCACUGUGAGCCGAUUCUGCUGAAGCAACCUCAGGCGAAUAGUGGAGUUGUCGUUGACGCUGGGUCCUGCGCAGGCGGUGGAGCUGCAAGUCUUUUACGUCGCCCAAUUACCACCGGUAAGCUCAAUGCUCUCACUAUAUCGACCUUCACAAGCUCGUCAGAAAGGAGUUUCAAGGCGUGGAAACCGCAGCCAGAGGCCGAGCUGGCCACAGAUGAACGAGAAGAGUACGAGCGAUUACUACUCGAAUAUGAGAAAAGGGCACAAGCACGCCAAGACAAGCUGGUUUCAGAAAUACUCGAGGUCGAGGCACAAUACCACAAUUUCGUCGCAGACAGGGACCCCAAAAGCGCCCUCGACCUGCUGGAGCGCGUUCUUUUCAAGGAGC